UCCAAAUCUCCAAUUCUGUACAAAGAAACAGAAAAAAUGGGUGCUCUUCUUCUUCAUCAACUCCAAAUAGCAGUAGCUGUAAUCUCAUUCUUAGGGUUUUGCUUUGUGAUCGAAGCCGUUCCGGACACGAAUAUAACAAGUGUUCUGUGCAACCAAGGUGUGUAUACGUCUGGUGAUCCUUUUGCUAUAAGCCUUGCUUAUAUUCUCCAAGAAAUGGAGACUGAAACAUCAGCACACAAGCACUAUGAUUACUAUGACAUAUCUCCAUAUCCUAAUGCUUUUGCUUACGGCCAUGCUUCUUGCAACCCGAAUGUGACGAGCUCGGACUGCACUACCUGCCUCGGUGCUGCGAAAACCGAUAUGUUAGCUACGUGUCAGAACAACAUAGGGGGUCGUGCUGUUCUUGGUGAUUGUUCAAUCAGGUAUGAGCAAUACCCUUUCACUGAGUGAAUCAGUAGACGAUCCCAAAAGAGUUCAAAUCUCGAAAGAUUUGGUUAUUGCUGUUGAGCUGUUUAUUUAUUGAGUCUGAUUUCCACUAGCUAGUGAGUGCUUAAUGCAUUGGGCAAUUUCGAUGUACCAAUAGAUCAUAGUUUGACAUAUGGAGAUUUCACAUUUGAAUGCUUUCCGAUCCUAUGUUGUAUGAUAUAUUGGCCAUCUAUUCCAUGGAGUAUUUUAGAAAUGAGAAGGAGACAAGUGUUGAUUUGAAAAGAAGAAAAUGAAGGUUGUUUUUGC